AAUCCAAUAUGUCUGCGCCCAUAGAAUGACUUUUUCGUCAGAGAGUGAAAAAUCAAUAACAGCUGCAUUAUCUGAAAUGUGAUUUAUGUGACGACAGAGGAGGACAAUGAGUGAGUUCCUGGUACCUCUCGUGAUGGCCAUCCAUCUGAUGAUGUGCCCAUACACCAAGGUGGAGGAGAGCUUCAACAUGCAGGCGCUGCAUGACAUCCUCCAUCACAGACUUGAAAUUUCUAAGUAUGAUCAUCUAGAGUUCCCUGGCGUAGUACCCCGUAGUUUUCUGGGGUCUUUGUUUGUGGCUGCAGUUGCCUCCCCUUGGGCUCACCUCUCCCAGCUCCUGAAUGGAAACAAGCUUUUCUUGCAGUACCUUGUCCGUGGUUGUCUUGGCUUUGUUGUGUCCGUGAGCUUCCUGACCUUCUGCCGGGCUGUCCAGACCCGGUUCGGUCCCGGUGUGAAGUUCUGGCUGAUCGCCACCACCAUCACCCAGUUCCACUUCAUGUUCUACAUGUCCAGGCCGCUGCCCAACGUGUUCGCCCUCGUCCUAGUUCUCCAGGCACUGUCCAGCUGGCUGAGACAACAGCACAGUCACUUCCUGUGGUUCUCUGGAGCAGCCAUUAUCAUCUUCCGUGCGGAGCUCGUCAUGUUCCUCGGCCUCAUCCUGCUGGCAGACCUUGUCAUGGGGCGCAUGCCUCUCCGGAGGUUCUUCUCCACCGUCGCCAUCGCAGGUCCGGUGUUGCUAGGCUUUACUGUGUGUGUUGACUCGGUGGUGUGGCAGCGCUGGUUGUGGCCGGAGGGGGAGGUGUUAUGGUACAACACCAUCCUCAACAAGAGCUCCGACUGGGGGACAUCCCCGUUUCUGUGGUACUUCUACUCCGCCCUGCCACGCGCACUCUCCUUCAGCAUGCUCCUCGUCCCCGUCGGACUGUACUUCACACGGCAGGUGUGGAUGCUCCUCUGGCCGGCCUUGACCUUUGUGCUGCUGUACUCCUUCCUGCCCCACAAGGAGCUGCGAUUCAUCAUCUACGUGUUCCCCAUGCUCAACGUGGCCAUUGCCUGCGCCCUGUCACGACUAUGGCAGAACCAAACCAAGUCUAUUCAACGGUCACUGUUGGCACUUGGCACCUCUUGUCUGUUGCUGGGCAACCUUUGUUCUACGGCAGGUUUCCUGUACAUCUCCCGCCAGAAUUACCCAGGAGGCCUAGCAAUGUUGGUGUUGCACCAUGUAGAGGUGGAACGUGAUGUGAAUGUCCACAUAGGUGUAUACGCUGCACAGACUGGAGUGACCAGGUUCACGCAGGCCCAUGACCACUGGAGGUACAACAAGACAGAAGGCCUGCGACCAGGUGGAGAGGUGAUGAAGAGCUUCACCCAUCUGCUGCUAGGUCUGUCAGAUGACAAGGAAGAGCUGAGGCCAUACAGAAACUCUCAUUAUAACAUCAUGGAAGUUUCAGCCUUUCAAAAAAUUGGUUUUAAAUGGAAUCAGUUUCCGCCAUUAGAGAUUAUUACCAAACCAAGAAUUGCAAUACUAAAACGAAAAACUUGAUGUAUGUGUGAAUAAACGUGAUGGUAGGAGUUA